AUGAAAUUCAUAGCACUUAUGUGCGCAUUGGAGAGUACGAUAUGGAUAACAACCACAGCUCCAUGUUACUACUGCGAUCAUGGCCACUUGCGUGAUCAGUAUGAAGAUCAAUAUCAAAUUAUAGCCAGUAGUGAAUUUGAAUAUUUUCCAUAUAUUGCAGUCACAUUAAACGCAGAAGAUAAGAAAGCAGUGGAGAACAUUGUUGAUGGACAAAAACGAUGGCGAAAGGUUAUCAUUGAAGCGAUGGAAGUACAAAGGGCACGACACUAUAAGCAAUCGCUCAAUUUGCACCACAGACCAAUUCUCGACAAUAAUGAUAAUCGAAGUAUUGAUGUUCAGGUCUGCCAUCUUUUAGAACAAACACAAUGCAGUAAAGUUAAAGCUUAA